AAGGAGUUGGUUCGGUCCAGUGAGCGGGAGGCUACAAACAGCGAGCAGCUGCAACACAUCAGCCAGGCGGAAGGUUAAACAAUGAGUGAGGAAAACUCAGCGGAGGUGAAGCUGCUGGAGGCUCAGAUCCAGGACAUGCAGGCAGAAAUUAAAGGUCUGCAGCAGCAACAUGAGGAUAACUGUAAGGAGAUCACCUUCCAGUACAGAGGACAAAUGCAGAAUGCUCUAGCGGUUCUGAGUGGACGUGCCCUGGACCAGGAGGAGACGGUGGUGUCCAGGCUGAAAGAGGAAGUGGAGGAGCUGGAGGAUUCUCUGAAGCUGCAGACUGAGAUUAACGGCAUCAGCCUGAACAGUUGCACCAUAAAGACCCUGCAGAACCGUAAGGAUGCAGAUCUGCCAUCAGGCAUUUUAGGCAAGGAAAUAAGCCAGAGCCCAGAAAUGGUCCAGCAGAUUUGUUUGUCAUGUCGCAGCUGUGAGCUCAGCUUCCAGGUGGAGUUCCUGCUGUCUGAGGUCAAGCAUGAAUCAAGCGCUGAGCAGAAAAUUACUGACCUGAACCUGGUGCUGGACUCCGACGACCUGCCGGACCUCAGCAGCUUCCUGUCCAGGGUAGAGGGCACCCGGGAUCUUCUGCUGCUCUUCAGGACCAUGAGGACUUUCUUAGACAGAAGUGACGAUCGGACCAGAACCUUUAAGCAUUUUCAGGUUGGUGAAGACCCGGUCUGGGAGUUUACUCCUCCGUUAUCUGUGAUAUAG